AUGCCACUAGCUUACACAUUUCCAGUUCUCCCUUCUUCUUGUUUGCUUUGCGGAAUCUCUAAUCGCGGCACCAGCAUCUUCGUAGAUCGACCGGAGGUUCAGAUCUCAGGUUUCGUUUCUGAAUUCGGAGAAUCUGACCGCUCUAGAUUGUCUCUCCGGCGGUUUCAGCGGUGGAGGUUGAACGCUGCUGCUGCUGGUGGUACUCAUGUCGUCGUUGACAGUGCGCCGUCUCGUACUUCUUCCCUCGUUGCUUCUUCCUCUACGAUCGAAAUUCCGGUUACAUGUUACCAGCUUAUCGGAGUUUCUGAUCAAGCUGAGAAAGACGAGGUUGUUAAGUCGGUGAUAAACUUGAAAAAAACUGAUGCUGAAGAGGGUUAUACAAUGGAAGCUGCUAUAGCUCGCCAGGAUCUUCUCAUGGAUGUUAGGGAUAAACUUCUUUUUGAACCAGAAUAUGCUGGUAACAUCAAAGAAAAAGUUUCUCCUAAAUCUCCUCUCAGAAUUCCAUGGGCAUGGUUGCCUGGUGCUCUAUGCCUUCUUCAAGAGGUUGGAGAAGAAAACCUUGUGCUGGAUAUUGGUAGGGCUGCUCUCAGGCACCUUGAUUCGAAGUCAUAUAUACAUGAUAUAUUUUUGUCUAUGGCCCUUGCUGAGUGUGCAAUCGCCAAGGCUGCUUUCGAGGCUAACAAGGUCUCUCAAGGAUUUGAAGCUCUUGCCCGGGCCCAAUCUUUUCUGAAGAGUAAAGUUACUCUUGGGAAACUUGCAUUGUUAACUCAGAUUGAAGAGUCACUAGAGGAGCUUGCACCACCAUGCACAUUGGAUCUUCUGGGCCUGCCUCGCUCGCCAGAAAAUGCAGAGAGGAGACGAGGGGCAAUUGCAGCGCUACGUGAACUGCUCAGACAGGGACUUGAUGUUGAAGCUUCGUGUCAAAUUCAAGACUGGCCAUGCUUUUUGAGCCAGGCAAUUAGCAGGCUAUUGGCCGCAGAGAUUGUUGAUCUUCUUCCAUGGGAUAGUUUGGCCAUUACAAGGAAAAAUAAAAAAUCACUUGAAUCUCACCAUCAAAGAGUAGUAAUUGAUUUUAAUUGUUUCUACAUGGUGUUGGUUGCUCAUAUCGCUAUUGGAUUUUCAGGCAAGCAAAAUGAUAUGAUUAAUAAAGCAAAAACGAUAUGCGAAUGUCUCAUAGCAUCAGAAGGUGUUGAUCUGAAAUUUGAGGAAGCUUUUUGCUCAUUUCUUCUAAAGCAGGGUUCCGAGGCAGAGGCCCUUGAAAAACUUAAGCAGCUGGAAUCAAAUUCAGACUCUGCCGUUCGUAAUUCGAUCCUGGGGAAAGAGUUGAGAAGUACUUCUGCAACUCCAUCAUUGGAAGCGUGGUUAACGGAGUCUGUUCUUGCUAACUUUCCAGACACAAGGAGUUGUUCUCCAUCUUUGACCAACUUUUUUCGGGCUGAAAAGAAAUAUCCAGAGAACAAGAAAAUGGGGUCACCUUCGAUCAUUAAUCACAAGACGAACCAAAGACCAGUUUCCACUAAGCAGUUCAUGAAUUCGUCACAGCAUCUUUAUACAGCUGUCGAGCAGUUGACACCAACAGAGUUGCAGACCCCAGUGGUAUCAGCCAAGAAUAUUGAUGAAAACAGUGCCAGUAUGCCAUCGGUUCAACUGAAAAGGAAUCUUGGUUUACAACAAAACAAAAUAUGGGAUGGUUGGUUCUCUCAGAGCAGUUUGAUUAAGAGGGUAUCUGUUGUUGCUUUAUUGGGUUGCACUGUGUUCUUCUCUCUAAAGCUAACAGGCAUCAGGUCUGGUAGAUUACGGAGUUUGCCUAUAUGGGUUUCUGCAAAACCGCACUCAGAAACAGGUUCUUUUCAGUGGAAAACAGAGUCUGGGAAUUUCAGAAGAAACCUUGCUUCUGUGAAUAGAUAUGGUGUCGUGGGCAACAUCAAAACGCUCUUGGACAUGUUUAAGACGCAUCAUGGGGACCAUCCGGAUGCCUUGUAUCUGAAAAGCUCCGGUCUAGCAGCUACAUUGUCUCAUGCCAUGCCAGAAAAGCAAAAGAGACCAAUGCUUAUAGAAGACGCCGAAGAGCUUGUGAGACAGUGGGAAAAUACUAAGGCUGAAGCUCUUGGACCUACUCAUCAAGUUUAUCGCCUUUAUGAACUCCUUGAUGAAUCCAUGCUUAACCAGUGGCAAACCUUGGCAGAAACAGCAGAAGCUAAAUCAUGCUAUUGGAGAUUCGUUUUGCUUCAUCUUGAGAUUUUGCAAGCACACAUUUUCGAAGAUGGUAUCGCUGGUGAGAUUGCAGAGAUCGAAGCCCUUUUAGAGGAAGCAGCGGAAUUAGUUGAUGAAUCUCAGCCCAAAAACGCAAAAUAUUACAGCACUUACAAAAUCCGCUAUACUCUAAAGAAGCAAGAAGAUGGGUCAUGGAAAUUCUGCGAAAGCGAUAUUCAGAUACAGAAAUGA